CUUUUCCUUUCUUUCCUUUCUCUCCUUUCUUUUGUCUUUUUUUUCUUGUUAAAUAUAACUUCUGACCCAAGGACCCGGUAUUUCCCUUUCCGCUUUGGACUCACUCGACCUCAAUACCCUCGGCCUCGACUCCCUUUCGGAGGCCGAGACCGAGGCUGAGUUGAGCAACGAGGUUGAAGACCUAGAGAGGCUGGCCGAGAAAAUGAAGUUAACCCUCCUUGGGGCAGACCGACAAACUGACAAAAGACCUAAACGCCAGCCUGGUAAAGGCGGUAAACGUCGGAAAAAGAACGGCGGUAAAACCAAGGAUGUUGUGAAGGGCGGCGGUGGGGCGAUAUCUCUCUGCCAGAUUAUGAAUAUCUGUGAUUCUUCUUUCUUAGGAACCAACAGUUUACUGGAUAAAGUUUCUCCUCCCCAUGGAGAUGUACCUUUUGCAUCCUCACUCAGGCAUGAGUUGAUUGUUGAAGCUCCGAAUGAGUACAAAAUAUCCGAUAUGUCGAAACAAUCUAGAAUGGAUGACUCUGAAAACGAGACUAAUUAUACAAGCCGAGAAAUGGAUUUCAAUGAGGGUGUACCUGUUCAACCUUAUACAACUCUCAGACAACAGGAAGAACAAAAUCAACGGGAUAAAUCUGGAGAAAAGAAAAGUAAAUAUCCUCAAAUCUCCUCCAUAGAUUUCGAUUUUGAGGUUGAAAACGAAGAUGAAACUGAAAUACAGGAAUAUGACCAGGGAGGAAGUAUUUAUGAAAAUAUGGCGCGCCAACUGGACUCAUUAAUGGAGGGUCAGCAGUCAAGACAUCCUAAGAUGGUGGAUGCUGUAAUCACAAAUAAAACACAUGUUUUUCUUACACAAAAUACGGUCUCGAUAGAAGGUGACUUAGAGAAGAAUAUUCAAGAAAAAACUACAUUAAAAGAUGAAAAAAGUGCCAAUGUUUCUAGUGAUAAAGAUAAUAUAAAAGAUAUUAAUGAUAAUGUGAUGUUAGACCCUCCAAUUCUUGAGUCUGGCUGGAGUCCUGUCCGUAAAGAUUUAGUUCAUUCCAAGCCUAGAAAUGUUCUAAAUGCGUCCAGUUUGGAAAAUCCGCUAAAAGAGAAAAAUGCGCAGGAUGCCGCGGAACUACUUGCGAAUUUAAAGAUUGACAAAUCAAAAUGGCGGCCUUCAAGACCAAGUUCUGAGACACAGCGGGACUAAACCAUUUUCUUCCAAACUUUAAAUACUUCACACAGAAACACUGAAAAGUGAAAUUUAGUGAAACCUCAAAAGUGCAAUUAAUCUCUUAGUUCUAACCAGAUGUGCAAUAUAGAAACGUAAUAUAACAUGAAACUAUUACAAAAUAUUUUUAAAAAUUUUAGAAAUAGGUUGAAAAAUCAAUACCUUUUGGUCGUUUUUUAUUUAUAUAAAAAAGGGCCAUUUUCGCUUUGCCUCUUUUAUAUAUGUCAAUUUUUUAGGUAUCAAUUUCAUUUCAUUUUUUUUUUAUACUUCAUCUUAUUAAAAAAUGCUUAUUAUUAUUCGAGCACAGAAAACACAGAUAUUUUUCAAUUCUCCCAGAGUGGGGGGGAGGGGUGCCCCAUAGCCUUCCCUCCCUGUUUAGUAUUGUACACUUAUUUAAAAAAGAAAACAUAAAACACCAAAAUUGUUUUAAAAAAGGAAGAAAGAAAUUCCCCAGGUCAAGAAAUAACGAUAAUAAAACCACAUUAUAUCGCUAAUUGUCAAUUAUGGAUUAUUUUUAACACUUUCAUCCUAAAACUUUCUUUUUUUCUUUAAAGUUAAAAAAAAAUUGCUAUUUUUAAAAAGAGUAGGAGGAGGAGUGAUUAUGUGGGGGGGGGCAAGCAACAAUUAGGACAUCCUUGGUCAUAUCUGUAUAAUCUGUGAGUUUAACUGUACUGUUGACCGUUGUGCAGAUGUAUGUACAAUAAACGUAACUAAUAUUUAGUAAAAUAAAGUAUUUUUUUUCGAAAAAUUAUAUCCCGCUCUUGUUGAAAAUAUCUUUUUUCCCAUGUGUUUUUCUUAAUUUUUAUUUCUCACUAAAUUGGAGAAAAUGAUUGUUGAAAGAACAUAAAUGUUUUUUUUUGUGAAAACAGUGUCAAAAAUAAUAAUAAACUUG